AGCUCCAUCCAUCUCGCACAACACCCGCAUCCGCGUCCACGAUGCCCGCCCUCGCCAACACCACCCGUGCGAUCGCACGCUCAUGGACCGCCCACCAAUUGCCUGUCGCCAGGGCCGGCUGCACCGCGCUGCAGACCCGCAACGCCUCGGCUUCGUCCUUUGACAGCCCCUUCAAGGGCUCCGCCGACACCACCAAGAUCCCGUCGUUUGCGGCAUACAGGAACAAGGGCGAUGAGACUGGUCCCAAGGUCUUCCAGUACUUCAUGGUUGGAACCAUGGGUGCGCUGUCUGCGCUUGGCGCGAAGGCGACUGUACAGGACUUCCUCGUCAACAUGUCCGCCUCCGCCGACGUCCUCGCCCAAGCCAAGGUCGAAAUCGAUCUCGCCGCCAUCCCCGAGGGCAAGAAUGUCAUUAUCAAAUGGCGAGGCAAGCCCGUCUUCAUCCGCCACCGCACCGAGGACGAAAUCAAGGAAGCCGAAGACACCAAGUGGGAAUCCCUGCGCGACCCCCAGUCCGACAAGGACCGCGUCCAGAAGCCCGAAUGGCUCAUCAUGUUGGGUGUCUGCACACAUUUGGGAUGCGUGCCCAUUGGCGAGGCUGGUGACUUUGGAGGCUGGUUCUGCCCGUGCCACGGUUCCCACUACGACAUCUCUGGCCGCAUAAGAAAGGGACCGGCGCCACUCAACUUGGAGAUUCCGGCAUACGACUUCCCUGAGGAGGGCAAGGUCGUCAUUGGUUAGAUGGAGUGAUGAAGAGAGAAGGGAGUGUGAAUAGGUGGAGAGAGCGAAAUCUUAUGCAUCUUUUUCCUAUGGUUUGAUUGCUUUUGAGACUUGAUAGAUGUGUGCAGUAGCAAAUGUAACACCAGUUAGAG